AUGGAAGAGGGAUUUGAAGAAUCCAUAAAAGCUCACCUGUUUUCCAGUUCUGCCCUCAUUUAUGAAGGAGCUGAAGGAAGAAGACCAUAUGGUUUCAUUAACACCUGUUUGAAAUCACUUGUUGUUGAAAAGUUUGGGGAAGAAACAUGGGAGAAACUAAGAAUGCAGGCUGAAGUUCAAGAUACAUUUAUGACUUAUGAAGUUUAUGAGGAUGCUAUUACACUUAGACUGGUUCAAGAGUCUUGUAAAAUGUUAAACGUGUCUGCAGAAGCUGUGCUGAAACUCUUUGGUGAGUUUUUCUUUAGUUUUUGCAAGAUGUCUGGUUAUGACAGAAUGCUGCGUACGCUUGGAAGAAGCCUCAUGGAAUUCAUUGAAAAUCUAGAUGCUCUUCAUAGUUACCUUGCCCUCUCAUAUCAGGAAAUGAAUGCACCAUCUUUUAGAGUGGAAAGGACGGCAGAUGGAGAGAUGCUGCUGCAUUAUUAUUCUGACAGACGAGGUCUCUAUCACAUAGUGCCAGGUAUUAUUGAAGCAGUUGCAAAGGAUUUCUUUAGUAGUGAAGUGGAUAUGAAAGUUCUGAAUCAAUUUGAAGAGGAGGAGCAAACUGGCAAAAAGGAACAUGUUGUAUUUCUAGUAACUCAAAGGAAGACUACGAAAAAAAGGAAAGCAAAGGAUGCCAAAAUCAUAAGCAAACAAGAAGAGAAAGAGAUAAAAAAAGAGAUGGAGGAGGCUCUGAAGAAAAUGAAGUUAAAUUAUUCCGUUUUGCCCAAUUACCCAGUAAAAAGAACACACUGGGAUAUUGUGAGGAGCAUUGUUAUGUUUAGCCACGGUAAUUUAUCUAAUUAUUUUACACCAUCCUACCCAGAGAAGCUCUGGAUUGAAGAAAAAACCUUCUGCAAUGCAUUCCCUUUUCAUAUUGUUUUUGAUAAUGCACUCAAAGUGAAACAUGCAGGAGUCAACAUUCAAAAAUUUGUUCCAGGUUUACAGACUAAAGAUAUUCAGUUGGAUGAGUAUUUUAGCAUUGUUCACCCUGCUGUAACCUUUACCAUUGAUGGCAUUAGAAAAUUUAUCAACAGCCAAUUUGUACUGAAAGCACGCAGUGAAAUGAUGCCUGAAUUCUAUAGGAAUCAGCCUGCGCUCAAAUUAAGAGGACAAAUGCUAUGGAUGGAGACAGUUGACUGCAUGAUAUACCUCUGCUCUCCAAAGUUGCGCAGCUUGAAAGAGCUGGAAGACAGGAAGAUGUAUAUUUCUGAUAUUGCUCAGCACGACACUACCAGAGAUCUAAUUCUACUGAAUCAGCAGCGUUUGGCUGAGAUUGAGCUCUCCAAUCAGCUUGAGAGGAAGAAGGAGGAACUCCGUAUCCUCUCUAGAAACUUGGAGAUUGAAAAAAAGAAGACUGAGACAUUGCUUUAUGCUAUGUUACCCCAACAUGUGGCCAAUCUGCUCAAAGAGGGGAAGAAGGUGGAAGCAGGAGAGUUCAAAGUUUGCACAAUCCUGUUUAGUGAUGUUGUAACUUUUACCAACAUAUGUGCUGCUUGUGAGCCAAUACAAAUUGUGAACAUGCUGAACUCAAUGUACUCAAGGUUUGACAGAUUAACCAACAUUCAUGAUGUCUACAAAGUGGAAACUAUUGGGGAUGCCUACAUGGUGGUAGGUGGCGUGCCAGUUCCAGCCGAUUCUCAUGCUGAGCGAGUUGCAAAUUUUGCUCUGGGUAUGCGAAUAGCUGCACGAGAAGUAAAGAGCCCAGUCACAGGACAACCCAUCCAGAUUAGAGUCGGGAUUCACACUGGGCCAGUACUAGCAGGAGUGGUUGGAGAAAAGAUGCCUAGGUACUGUUUGUUUGGAGACACCGUAAACACAGCUUCUAGAAUGGAAAGCCACGGGGUGCCUGAUAAAAUACAUCUAAGUCCUACUGCCUACAGUGCUCUAAAAAAGAAAGUUUUUGAAAUACAUGAGAGAGGAGAAAUAGAAGUUAAAGGAAAAGGAAAAAUGUCCACCUACUUUCUGAUCCAAAAUCUGGAGCUUUCUGAGGAUGAAAUCAUGGGUCAAGCAGUGGUGCAUUCUUCUUCAGCACUUGAUCAGGAAGACAUACAAUCACAUAGCAGUGAUACUGGUAGGUGGAAAGAGUCGUAG